ACAGUGCGUACGCAGGCAGGCUAGCAGCAGGCUGUUCUUCCUCUGGAGAUCUCUCCCCUGCUACACCACUACAGACUGCUACGACCGAAGAUAAAAGGGUCUUGAUUUUUACCUCUUUAGUGACUAUCAGACAUGGAUGGUUUCCAAACAAUCCUGAAAUUCUUUAUGAACCGGAAAACUGCUAUAGGUUACAGUUUUAUGGCACUGCUGACAAUGGGAGGUGAACGUGUGUUUUCUCUUGUUGCUUUCAGAUGCCCCUGCAGCAAUGAAAACUUCAGGUACGGUUUGGUAUUUCUCUUCUCCCCAGCUUUCGUUUUGCUAGUUAUUGGAUAUUUCUUGAACAGCAAGACCUGGAAACUCUUUACAGGCUGCUGGGUGAAUCCCAGAAAAAUAUUCCCCAGAGGGAACAUCUGCCAUUUCUUUUACAUCUUCGGACAAAUCACUUUAAAUGCUCUGGUAGCCCCAGUGAUGUGGCUUUCUGUGGCUUUGCUCAACGGGACUUUUUACGAAUGUGCCAUGAGUGGCUUGAAAAAUCCUGCCUACUUACAUGCAGUUUGCCACAGCAAAUCUGCAAUGUGCUUUGAAGAGCUACACAAGGUAGCGUGUGACAAAAGCUCCAUGCCCUUUUCAGAGAGCGACGAACUGAAACGAACUCUUCAAGCACAGUCCCAGAUUUUAGGCUGGUGUGUGAUAGUUACCACAGCUCUUCUCUCCCUGCUAACGACUUGCUGCGCCAGCUGCCAGUCGAAAGCCAGCCACCUCCAGCUGAUGUUCUGGAGGGUAUACGCAGAGAAGGAGAAGGAGCAACUGGAGCAGAUUUUCCAGCUGUAUGCCACCAAGCUGAGCGAGCGAAACCUGAAGUGCUUUUUUGAGAACAAGGAACCAGAAGUGAUUCCCCUGCCAGCUUUUCAGGCAUGGGAAGAUGCUUCCCAGCUCUACUCUUUCAGCAGUAGCAAACAGCAUUAUAGCACAAUUCACAGGCUAGUUGAAGAAGGCCAGAAAGAAAUCAACGAGGAAAGAGAGACAAUGCUAGACUCUGUGGACAGAAGGGAAAUACCAUAGAUCAAAUAUAUUUUCAGUUUUUUUAUGUCUUGCUAACAUAACAUACUUCUAGCUGGUUUCAUCUCUAUAUUUUUUCGCAAUGACAUCUUUCUUCUUCAUCAUGUUCCCUCCC